CGGCGCUUCGCCUCGUCUACACGCAGCCAACCCGUGCUGGUCUCGUAAUCUUCUCGCCUUCUGGAAAAUUCCGCCAAUCCGAGACGGAUUUUUUUCCUCCCAACCAACCAGCCAACCAAACCCCACGGCCGAGCCGCCCCCCGGGGGGAAGCCCCCAACCCUAGCACCCGGAUCACCGGCCGGCCAUGCGCUGGGCCUGAUCCGGCGCCGCCGCCCGGGGAGGAGGAGGAGGAGCUGUCGGUGAUGAUGGAGGGGGCCGGCGGGGGCGGGUCGCUGCCGCCGUUCCUGAGCAAGACGUACGAGAUGGUGGACGACCCGUCGACGGACGCGGUGGUGGCAUGGACGUCCGCCGGCACGAGCUUCGUCGUCGCCAACCAGCCCGAGUUCUGCCGGGAUCUGCUCCCCAAGUACUUCAAGCACAACAACUUCUCCAGCUUCGUGCGGCAGCUCAACACCUAUGGUUUUAGGAAAGUAGAUCCAGAGCAAUGGGAAUUUGCAAAUGAGGAUUUCAUAAGAGGACAGCGGCACCGGUUGAAAAAUAUACAUAGGCGCAAACCUAUAUUCAGCCAUUCAUCACACACCCAGGGCGUUGGACCAUUAACAGAGAAUGAAAGGAGGGACUAUGAGGACGAAAUCGAGAGGCUCAAGUGCGAUAAUGCGGCACUGUCCUCAGAACUUCAACAGAAUACAUUGAAGAAACUCAAUAUGGAGAAACGGAUGCAGACUUUGGAAGAGAAGCUAUUUGUUGUUGAAGAUCAGCAAAGGAAUCUGAUAUCUUACGUCAGAGAGAUUGUAAAGGCCCCAGGAUUUCUUUCUAGCUUUGUGCAGCAACAAGAUAAUCACAGGAAGAAGAGGAGACUGCCAAUACCUAUAUCCUUCCAUGAGGAUGCAAAUACUCAGGAGAAUCCGAUCAUGCCUUGUGACUUGACCAACUCACCUGCUCAGGCAUUUUACAGAGAAUCAUUUGACAAGAUGGAAUCAUCCUUGAAUUCAUUAGAGAAUUUCCUUCGAGAAGCGAGUGAAGAAUUUGGUAAUGAUAUUUCAUAUGAUGAUGGUGCUGCUGCAGGCCCUUCUUCGACAGUCGUUCUCACAGAGAUCCAUUCACCUGGUGAAAGUGAUCCUCGUGUGUCAUCACCUCCAACAAAGAUGCGUACUUCAGCUGGUGCAGUAGAUUCGCACUCCUCUCAUGAUGUAGCAGAGUCCACCAGCUGUGCAGAAAGUCCUCUUCCUCAAAUGCAUUCUCGUGUAGAUACGAGAGCAAAGGUUUCUGAAAUAGAUGUUAAUUCAGAGCCUGCUGUUACAGAAACUGGCCCAUCAAGAGAUCAACCUGCUGAGGGCCCUCCUGCUGUCACACCUGGUGCAAACGAUGGCUUUUGGCAGCAGUUUCUUACCGAGCAGCCUGGGUCAUCAGAUGCACAUCAGGAGGCCCAAUCAGAACGGCGGGAUGGAGGAAAUAAAGUGGAUGUGAUGAAAUCAGGCGAUCGACAACAUUUUUGGUGGGGCAAAAAGAACGUUGAGCAGAUAACAGAAAAACUUGGACAUCUCACCUCAACGGAGAAAACCUGACAGCAUUUUUUCUCUUUUUGUAGAUGAAAAACUAUUAAUUCAGGAACAUUGACAUUGGUGCCUUCCUCAGUGAGAAAUGUUGACUAACAUCUAUUUCGCAAUGUACCAUACAUUUUCCAUCGUGUACCGUAAUGUAUCAUAGCGCCAUACAUUCACCUCUGGUCCAAUGACACUUCUGAUACUAUUUUGCAUGAUUUCUGACAUUUUUCAAGUUUGGUUAAUGUUACA